GGUAUUUUCAGGUUGAUUCUAGGCGGUUGGAAAAGAACUUAAGAUUAUUGUUAAAGUAUUUGUUUUAUAGUGAUAUUGACAUAAUUUAAAGUGUGCAUUUAAGUUUCGAUUUACAAUGGAUGAAGAAGACUACACCAAAUUAACAGUUGAAGAUGCUUGUGUUCACAAGGUGUGGAAAGCUAGGCUUGUAGGAUAUGAAGGUGCUGCCAAACAUUUCCAACAAAUUGAAGAUGAAAAAUCCCCUGAAUGGAAUAAAUAUACUGGAUUAGUUAAAAAGUUUGUGGUUGAUAGUCACGCUCUUUGCCAAGAAAAAGGGUUAGAAGCAGUUCUAAUAUUUGUUGAGAACUGUGGUAAUGCUGGACGUACAACUGGAGAUGUAGUUUCUGGAAUAAUUCAAAAAUGUUUAGCUGCUCCAAAAGCCCGGACUAGGGAGUUAGCAGUUCAGAUAAUUUUAAUGUAUAUUGAAAUAGAGAAAUAUGAAAUAGUUUAUGAAGAAUUAAUUAAAGGAACUGAAUCUAAAAAUCCAAAAGUUGCUGCUGCAUGUGUUCAUGUUCUCGCUCAGUCUUUGAAAGAAUUUGGAUGUAAAAUUAUUAAUGUAAGUAAAUUGAUGAAACGUGUACCAAGCCUUCUGGAAGAUAGGGAUGGUAAUGUUCGAUCGGAAACCAAGAUACUAGUUAGUGUAGUUUAUCACUGGUUAGGACCAGUCAUUAAACCACAGCUUACAGCAAUACUGAAACCAGCACAGUUGGCAGAAGUAGAAACUGAAUAUGAAAAAGUCAAAAAUACACCAGCAAAAGCAAGCAGACUUUUACGUUCUCAGCAGACUAAAAAAAUGGCUGUUUCUGGUGCAGAUGGCAUUGAUGGAGAUGUUGCGGAAACAGAAGAUGAAGAAUGUGCUGUUGAUGAAACAGACCCAUAUGAUCUACUUGAACCUGUUGAUAUUUUAAGUCAGCUUAAUAAAGAGUUCUAUACCAAAAUUGAAUCCAAAAAAUGGUCUGAUAGAAAAGAAGUCCUUGAAGAAUUUGAAAAACAGCUUGCUGCAACACCAAAGCUUGAGCCUGCAGAUUAUGGUGAAAUGUUGAGAACAUUAAAAAAGGUAAUAACUAAAGAUUCUAAUGUUGUUGUUGUUGGGAUUGCUAUUAAAUGUGUUACUGGUAUAGCCAAUGGUCUCAAGAAGAAAUUUCAUCAAUAUGUUGGUUUUAUUAUACCUGCACUCUUCGAGAAAUUUAAGGAAAAGAAACAAAACAUUGUUACAGCUCUUAGAGAUGCAGUUGAUGCUGUUUAUUUAACGACUAGUUUGGAAGCCAUCCAAGAAGAUAUUGUCACUAACUUAGAUAACAAAAAUCCCAGUGUCAAAUCAGAAAUCAGUGGAUUUCUCAGUCGUUGUUUUUCCAAGUCAACGCCUAAUAUCUUAACCAAAAAAUUGUUAAAAACACUUUGUAAAGGUUUGACCAAUGGACUCCGGGAUCAAGAUCCUGCUGUCCGUGACAAUUCUGCCCUCGCCUUAGGUACAGCUAUGAAAGUUGUAGGUGAGAAGACCAUUGGACCAUUUUUGGUUGAAAUUGAUCCACAAAUGCUUAAAAAGAUCAAGGAAUGUUGCGACAAAGCUGAAAUAUUAGUAAAACAACCUACUCAGAAAGUGAAUAAAGUGCCAAAAACUAAUACUGAGGAGGCUAAAGUAGAAAAACCAAGUUCUGGAAAAGCUAAAGUCAAUAAAAUAGGAACAGGAAAAAAUCAGCCUCUUAAGAAGGGCAAUGAAAUUCAGAUUAAGCCUCUUGAUCGAGAAGAUGCGUUAACUGAAGCAAAAUCAUUAUUUCCACCAGAAGUGUAUGAUGGUGCUUUGGAUAUGAACCCUGAAAAUAGAUUAGCUGCAUAUAACAGGAUUAAAGAGGUUAUCACAAACUUAAAUGUUGUUGAAGAGUCUGGACAGGCUUUACUGUCGUUGCUACAUGCCCAAAAUGCACAUGAUACUGAUGAACUUUUAUUGUGCCGAUUAGAACUUUUAAAAAGUGUUGCUGAAAUAUUUCCUUUACCUAGGAAUGAUUCAGCAUUUCUUGUUGAGUGUGGGAGACAGGCUUCUAGUCAUCCUGAUCCACUAGUACGUAAUGCUGGUCUAGCCUUGAUUGGUACUGUCCAUUUACAGAGUGAUAAUGAACCACUCAAAAAUAUAACGUCAGAAAAACCACAAAUGGGGGAAACCUUCAAGAGACCAACCAGUCGAGGUAACUCUCAAGCUAAUAGAGAAAAAGAAUCCAAUAAUGAAGUGGCAAAUGAAAUCACUCAUGAAAAAAACAAAGCUUCAGAUAGUAAAGCGAAGGUUGAUAUUAGUAAUCAGAUCACUGACCAGCUGGUUGCAGAAUUAGGAGAUAAGAAUUGGAAGGUACGAGCUGAAGCGGUGGCAAAAUUACAAGGUUUUAUUAAUUCUGCUCAGUCAAUAACUAGUAACCUUGGUGAAGCAGCUCCUGUUAUUGCAGCUAGAAUUUCCGAUAGUAAUACUAAAAUAUCUGCUAGUGCCAUUGCACUUGUCGAGUCACUAGCUCCUGCCAUGGGCCCAUCAUGUAAGCAGUAUGUUCGAAUUUUUCUCCCAGCAUUGAUGAAAGCAAUCGGGGACCCAAAAACAUGGAUUCGGUCUGCUGUAAUACCAUGCUUAAAUACAUGGGGUGAAGUAUGCGGAUUUAAAGAAUUUUUCGAAGGUGAAAUCAUUGCAGAAGCGCUUAAAACAGGAUCUCCUACAGUGAGAUCUGAAUUGUGGACUUGGCUGGCUGAUAAAUUACCAAACAUUCCUCCUAAAACAAUUCAAAAAGAAGAAUUAACAGCUUGUUUGCCUACUCUUUAUUCUAACUUGGAAGAUAGGAAUGCAGAUGUGAGAAAAAAUGCUUGUGAAGCCGUUUUAGGAUUCAUGUUACACCUUGGAUUCACCAAUAUGAUAAGAGCUUGUGAAAAUAUCAAAGGAUCUGGCGGUACACAAGUAAAGCAAAUUUUAGAAAAAACAAGAGGAAGUCUCCCUGUUCAACCGAUGAUUCAACCAAAAUCCUCAGUUGUAUCUAAUGAAAAAUCCAGUCGCCCUUCAACUGCAAAAUUGUCGCCUGGAUCUUCAGCUACAAUUACAAAGUCAAAGUCCAAGGGCAAUAUACCAUCCUCUAAAUCAAGCACAAGCUUGAGGAAAAAGGAGGAAGAAAAUGAUGGAGGUCCUUUGUUGCAAGUGAAUCCUCUGAAGACCCAAAGGGUUAUUGAUGAACAAAAAUUGAAGACUCUUCGUUGGAACUUUGUUACGCCAAGGACAGAAUUCUUUGAUCUUCUUCGAGAACAGAUGAUAGUUGCAAAUGUCAAUAAAACACUUGUUGCUCAUAUGUUUCACAAUGACUUCAGAUACCACAUUCGUGCUAUUGAUGCAUUAACUGAGGAUUUACCUUUAAACAAAGAAGCUUUAAUAUCUAAUUUAGAUUUAAUAUUACGUUGGAUGACUCUCAGGUUCUUUGAUACUAAUCCAUCAGUACUAUUAAAAGGAUUAGAAUACUUAAACUUGGUUUUUAGUGUUCUUAUCGAAGAAGAAUACAGUAUGAUGGAUAGUGAAGCAUCAUCCUUUUUUCCCUACCUAAUACUUAAAGUUGGCGACCCUAAAGAUACCGUUCGAAAUAGUGUGCGUGCUAUUUUAAAACAGAUUAGUGCUGUUUAUCCUGUGAGUAAACAAUUCUUUUAUGUCAUGGAGGGUCUGAAGUCCAAAAAUGCCCGGCAGCGAUCAGAAUGUUUGGAGCAAUUAAGCUGGUUAAUUGAAAAUUAUGGUGUGUCUGUUUGUAAUCCAAGUCCAGCAGGUGCUUUGAAAGAAAUAGCAAAGCAAAUAGCUGAUCGUGAUACAUCAGUCAGAAAUGCUGCACUCAAUUGUGUUGUCACAGCUUAUUUUCUUGAAGGGGAAAAAACAUUAAAAUGGGUUGGCCAGAUAUCCGAAAAGGAUAUGUCACUGCUAGAAGAAAGAAUUAAAAGAGCUGCUAAAAGUCGACCUCUGAAUACUGUCAAACCAUUAGUAGUUGUUCCUGAGGCUGAGAUACAAACUGAGAUUCGCACUUUAGAACCAUCUCCUCCUCUUCCUGUUGUGGAAGAUGUAUUAGAAGACCAAGAGGGGCCUGAAGAUAGAAUUGAGGUUUCUAGGGGUUGCCCAAGUUCUUUUAUACCUAGUAUCACUCCUACAAGAGCUGCAAGAGUUCGUCCUAAUUUUGGUGCCUAUGGUUUUGAUCGGACUAUUGUGGAUAAAAUUGAAUGUACGACAGCGCAUUUUCAGGCUCCAAAACUGGUGGACAUUGAUUUACAAUUUUUAAAAGAUCCAACUCAGCAGGCAUCAUUCAAACCUAUACAUAUGCCUAAAGUGACGCCCACACUUUCAAACUAUUCGCAACCAGCUGCUAUUAGACGUGAAUUAGUAAACAUAGCUAGUAGUGAUAUUGAAAAGGCUAUGGCUGCAAUAUCAAGACUUGAUACCAUUGCUAAUUCUGACAAGUGGUGUCAUCUAACUGACUUUGUCGAUCACAUGGUUUCUCAACUAAAUCACUUAAUAAUAAUUCUGAAUCAAAGUGGACAUCCAGAAGUUGUAAAUUGCUAUAGAGCAAAUUUUUCACUCUUCAUGAAGGUAUGCAACAAUCCAGAGCUUUGCUCUCAAAUUACUGAAGGUACUCUUUAUAAAAUAGUGGAGCAGCUCCUUAAUUUGUUGGCUGAACCACGUUUAGAAAGGUUUGAGAAACAAGACAUGUUUGUCAGAGUUGUUAAUAAUUUAGUCAUAAGGCUUCUUGAGAACUCAAAUAAAACCAAUAUUCUAUGUGCCUUAUUGAAAAUUCUUUAUAGUAUAGUAAAUAAUCCAAAAGCAACUAAUCAUUAUAGGGAUUUAGUUGUUAAAUGCAUUUGGAAAUUAAAUAAAGCUCAAUCAGAAUGGGAUUCUGAAUUAGAUUAUUCCAGGAUACUUAAUGAAUUCCAUACUUUCCUAAAGGAUUAUCCUACUGCAUGGUGGAAAAACAAAGAAGUUGAUGUUCCUUUAAGAACUGUUAAAACUGUCUUACAUACAAUGGUUAAAACUAGAGGCACUGAAGUAAGAGACAUAGUUGAAAGAAUGCCUGAUAUAUCAAAGGACUCUGAAUUGUAUACUUACAUAAAGAAAGUCAUCAAGCAUCUUAAAGUUGAAGAGCACUCAAAAGACUUAACUUCUUGCAAAGAAAAUGAACCUAGAAAUAUUAUUACUCCUACCCCUAGAAUCUCUAAAGAAACUCAAGACGAACUAUCUGAAAUAUUCCGUAUGAUUGGUGAUUUUGAAGAAACAUCACAGGGAAUAAAAAGGUUGUUUGCAUUUAAAAAGUCUCAUCCAGAAGCUGAUGUGCAACCUUUCCUCUCUAAAGCAACCCCCCAGUUUCAACAGUACAUCAGACGAGGACUACAAGCUUUGGAGCAGCAACAACUAGAGUCAUCAGACAGUAACAAGAAGGAAAACAAAGAUAGUGAAUCCCAGCAAGUAAAAGGAAAGGAACACUUCACCGAGGAAGCUGAAUUACUUUGGAAUCGAUUAAAGCAUCUUCAAGAAAAAUCGGGUUGUCAAGUUGAUAAAAAUAAGGAAGAAGUGUCUGACAGAUUAAAAGAACUGCCGAAUAGGGUGAUCCUGAAAAAUGAAUGUCAGGUUUCUGAUAUCGAGAAAAUGAGGAAACGAAUAGAACUGAUUAAAAAAAAAAAUGCAAAUAAUUAAAUUAUGUCUUAAUUGUUUUUUAAACAACACUCUAAAGAUAAUGAUGUUAAAAUUAUUUUUCGAAUCAAUCUAUAUAAUUUUUCCUCAGUGAGAUGUACAUUGUUUU